AUGGCCACCUACUCCGAGAUCGUGCACCAGCUCUACAAUUUGAGCGCACAGGGAGUCCAAUCAGAUGACGUGAGAUUCCGUCAGCUCAUAUCCGCCCUUGAGGCGGUGCGGGAGAAGCGUAAACCCGUGGAAUCUGAGUACCAUGGCAUGAAGGGAUCCGUUAGGAACCCUGUGAGCAGCUCCCAAUUCGAGAGGACACUUAGCCAGAUCGAUGCCGUCUACAAAUACCUGGCAGUGGGUGCAGAUGUGCCGCCCGAUCUGUUGCUGCGUUGUGGCGUCGACUGCUCCACCGUGAACGAAAAGCAGCCUGAGCAGCCGUCUCACGCCGCUGAGAUACUACACUACGCGGAGGCGUUGCACGUUGGUGGGACGCACUGGACUCCUAGUCUAGGCUGGGUGGAGUAUAAUGAAUCGAUGGAGGAAUCCCGGACUUCUUACACUCUGAACGCUGUCGGCAAUUUGCGCUCGCUGUUAGAAUUCGUGAUGGAGAAGGGUUACGGCGAAGGCAUGGAGAGCAUCGAAGCACUAAUCCACUCGUUGGGUAUGGAGAAGUUUGCGGAUCGAUUUCGGGUACAUGGAAUGAUUCACGUGGACAAGUUCUUGGUCGGGCUCAUGCGUUUGGAGCGUCAACUGCGCCUGCUGUCCCUGCAGCGUACGUUAAAGCGUGCAUUGCGCAUGGUUAACCACUUCAACGUAGAAGAGCCUUCAGAUCCGAAUCUUUGGCAGGCUGGUGCAGGAAAUGCCGGUUGGAGCGAUCACCUGUCCGAGUUCAUGACCCGCAGCCGCGAAUGCGACCACACGCGCGCUACACUAGCGUGCCAGGCCGCUCAGAUGGUGGAAUCACGUGCAAACAAAAAGGUGACGCCGAAUGCUGUUCCUGCUCAAUUUGACGCGACGCCCCCGCAGUAUUAUCAGCCUGCUCCGUACCCCCAGUUCUGGCAACCGAUGACGCAUCCGCAUAUGGGCAUGUUUUCUCCCCAGCACGAAUACUAA